AUGAACAGCCACGGGGACAUCAAUAACGCCCACGCCGCCCGGCCUACUGUGGAGAUCGAUCCAGACGAGGCAUACCUGAACCGCACCCACGCCAUCGCUGCAGAGGACGACGACGCAGAAACCCGCACCCGCUACCGCCCUUUCAUACUCCCCUCCACAAUCACGGACGACUGGGUCUCCGACCUAGAACUCUCCACAGCCCUCGCCCUCGUCGACCGCGAGGUCCUCUCCUGCGACCUACCGCGUCUCCGCAUCCUCGUGCUCUACGGCAGCCUCCGCGCUCGCUCUUACAGCAAACUCCUCGCCCUCGAGGGCGCCAGAAUCCUCCAUCGCCUGGGCUGUGACGUGCGUGUCUUCGACCCGGCCGGUCUGCCCCUCAAAGACGACGUCAGCCACGAGCACCCCAAGGUCCAGGAGCUCCGCGCGCUGAGCCGGUGGAGCGAUGGGCAGUUCUGGGUCAGCGCGGAGCAGCACGGCGCCGUGACGGGUCUGUUCAAGACGCAGAUCGACUGGAUCCCGUUGUCGCAGGGCUCUGUACGGCCGACUCAGGGGAGGACCCUAUGUGUGGCGCAGGUGUCGGGUGGGUCGCAGAGUUUCAAUACGGUGAAUACGCUGCGGUUGUUGGGCCGGUGGAUGAGAAUGUUCGUGGUGCCGAAUCAGAGCUCGGUGCCGAUGGCAUAUACGCAGGAUAGGCUGGUUGAUUGUAUGGAGGAGCUGGUCAAGUACACGGUGGUGAUGCGGCCACACUUUGAUUUGUUUGGCGAUAGAUUCAGCGAACGAAAGGAGAAGAGGGAAGAGGCUGCCAAGUCUUAA